UCUGUGAUCGACUGGUUGUACUGAAGGACAAUGCAAAGUGAAGAGUCGGUUGCAGGUUCAUCGACUGAUGGCCACAAUGAAUUGGAUUUUAAAUGUUUAUUAUUGAGAAUAUAUUUAUAGAAAAUAGGCCAGCUGUUGACGCUGGUCAUAAACGGAGACUAUAACUCCAAGACGGGGGUGAAUUGUAUUAGCUUGUGUGUAUGUGGCAAUAACCGGGUAAAUAAGCUAGCUAACAUUAGCAAUGGAUCUAAUGAUGGAAUCGCAAUGCGAGUAUUUUAUGUAUUUCCCUGCUGUUCCCAUCACGGACCUUUCCGACCCGUCAAAAUACCGAACUCUCCCCCGUCGCAGUCACCUCUAUCUCGGCGAGACCGUGCAGUUCUUGUUGGUCCUGCGGUCCAGAGAUGAAAGGUCAGGUUCGGGCGGGACAAAGGGAAACGGGGAUAGUGACAGCGGUACCCAGGCUUGGAAGCAGCUGGUCGGGUCCCUCUCCGCUGUAGCAAGUGUCUGCCCCGGAGAGAGCCGACAUCGCUCCCAACUUCACCCCCACGAGUUCCAGAGAAGCUACAGCGACGACGGUGCAGACGAGGACCCCGACGAGGUUGACUUUGCUGCGGGUACAGCCCAUAUAGGCAGAAGGGAGUCCAGGAAUCGAGGCUUCAGAGAAUGCAAGCCGCUUCUCAUUCACAAUAACACGGGGAGUGAUGGGCGGCAGUAUCGGCGGGCACCGAUGCAGUCACCCAUGGACAAGCCAGUGGUACUGAACGAUGAGGUCAUCUUCCCUCUGACCGUCUCAUUGGACAAACUCCACGUCAACACGCUCAAGGUCAAGAUCGUAGUGACAGUGUGGAAGCAGGAGAAGGAGAAGGCAGAGAUCAGGGAACAUGGUUACCUCACCAUCCUACAGCUGAGGAGUCCCACACACACCUUCAGACAGGACCUCAACACCUUCAAGGCCCAGGUCAGCACCACCCUGAGUGUUCUUCCUCCUCCGACUGUGAAAUGUCAACAGAUUACCGUCUCCGGGAAGCACCUGACCGUACUCAAAGUAUUAAACUCCAGUUCCCAGGAGGAGAUGUGUGUUAGGAACGUGAGGGUUCUUCCUAACUUCAACGCGUCCUACCUCCCCAUGAUGCCUGAUGGCUCUGUACUCCUAGUGGACAAUGUCUGCCACCAAUCAGCGGAGGUUACCAUGGCAUCAUUCCACAGAAUGAACAGUAGCUCCUCCCACCUUCCCAGCAUGCUCUCUGCCCUGGAGGAGCAGAACUUCCUGUUUCAGCUGCAGCUCAGAGACCAGCCAGAGGAAGAUUCCAGCGAGGGUCUGGAGGUUCCAUUGGUGGCUGUGCUGCAAUGGUCUACCUCUAAGCUCCCAUUUACCAGGUACAUUUCGACCCACUACCAGCUACCCAGCGUGAGACUGGACUGCCCCCGUUUGGUGAUGACAGCUUCCUGUCAGAGUGCCGUGAGGCCGCAGGAGCACUUCCGGGUCAAAUACACCCUCCUCAACAACCUGCAGGACUUCCUGGCUGUACGCCUGGUCUGGACACCCGAAGGUCGUGGUCGGCAGGAGGACCCGUCAGCGAGUUCUGUGGUGUGUCACUCCCCCCUCAACAACUUGGGACAGUGUCGGAAAGGAUCCACCCUCUCCUUCACAGUUGCCUUCCAGAUUCUCAAGGCAGGACUGUUUGAGUUAAGCCAGCACAUGAAGCUGAAGCUCCAGUUCACAGCGUCCUGUUCCAACCCCCCUGCUGAGGCCAGAGCCAUGUCUCUGUCUCUGUCCCGUAACAACUCUCCCUCCAGCCCUGCAGUCAGAGACCUGCUGGACAGACAGAGUCUGGGACGGUCACAGAGCUUCUCUCACCAACAACCCUCACGGUCACAUCUUAUGAGGACGGGCAGUGUUAUGGAGCGGCGGGCCAUCACUCCUCCAGUGGGAUCUCCAGUGGGUCGACCCCUCUACCUUCCCCCCGAACGCCCCGUCCUCUCACUGGAUAAGAUCGCCAAGAGAGAGUGUAAGGUAUUGGUACUGGAACUUGGAAGAGACUGGGAGAGCGAGGGAGGGAGGGUUGGAGGAAUGAGGUAGAGAGGAAAUAAGAGAUGUGAAGAGGGGGGGGAGAACAUUUUUCAUUGAGCAUUUCAUCCAACCUGAAACAAAAUGCAAAAACUGGUUCACACAAAAAUACAGACCACAGUCACCACACUGAAUGACUUACUCUACAUGACCCACAUCAUUUCAAGACACCGGAGAAGUUACUUUCAACACAAUUCUUUUUCUUUUUUUACUAUUAUUUCAACAUUCUGUUUUAUUCCUUGUUUUAUGUCUUGGUGUGUAAUUAAAUAUGUAAAUAACUGUUUUACACAGAAAAACAUCGGGUGGCGAGCUAGAUCUGCAGUAAUAUUUGGGCUGCCAUUUAACGUGAAAUUCACAGGGUUUGGUUCAUUAAUAAACUUAAUACAUUGUCUAACUAACACUAUUAAGUGUUCUCUAACACUGUUCUGCAUGCGACAUGUUUGAUGUAAAACUUUGGAUGUUCAAGCUAGAGUCCUUGAGUCAAGCAAUAACAAGCAGCCACCCCGCCUCUGUUUUUGUAAAAAUCUUUGGGAUAGGCCUGGAGUGAUGUAACCACUGUCAUAGACAGAGCUAUGGAUGCAAAGACUGACCUUCCAUGAUAUCAAAAUUAUUAUUUUAGCCAUGUUUUGAAGGACUGACCAUUCAUGAUUUCAAAAUUAUUAUUUUAGCCAUGUUUUGAAGGAAUGACCAUUCAUGAUAUCAACAUUAUAAUUUAGCCAUGUUUUGAAGGAAUGACCAUCCAUGAUAUCAACAUGAUAAUUUAGCCAUGUUUUGAGGCUGUACAGUGUUUGUUUACAUUGUUUUACUCCAAUGUUUGUAAACAAACUUAUAUUUUUGGUUCUGAUGGGGUACGACUGUUGCUCUUGAGGCAUUUAUAAUAUUCUUCAAGAAUCAAUGGGUAUAUAUAAUUCCUAAGUAAAAAAAAAAAUGAUGUAGCAACUAAGGAUUCUAGCUUUAACAAAAGCACCAGGAUGACCCAGAGAAAAGGCUGAGUUCGGUUUCAUUGUGGAAAAAAUGUAGUUUCACUCUUGUUACAAUGUGUUGUAGUUUAGUGACUAAGGGUGUUACGUUCCCCAGUUUCUGUGUUGUGGGAGGCGUGCGUAACAAAGGGCCACAGUCUCUACACUGAAUUUAAAACAUUUCAUAUUUUUUUCUUUGCACUGGCUAUCAGAGAUUUUGUGUAUUUGUCGGAUUUUUAUUAUUUUAUUUUGUCAGCAUUUGCUGCUGCUUAAAAAUCUACAAUUUUCUCAUCUCCUUAGUACACUACAUAUUAGUACACACUCCAUGAUAGGGAAUAAUCCUGCAUCCUUUCCAAUCAUUUGUCUUUCCUUUGCGUCCCUAUACAACCUACAGUCUAAUGGAUUUAACAAUGGUGGAACCUCUCUCCAAUCCAAUACUUUUACAUCCAAGCCGGGAAAUUGUGCAAGUGCACAUUUUGGGAGAAGGGUGGUGGAGAAUUGGGACAUAGCCUGCCACUGUGGUUCACAGCUGUUUAAGCUUUGACUGGUUGAGCCUGUUGAUCGUUGUAGUCAUUCAGACUUGACCUUAUUAUUAGGGAUUUAGUCCUAUUGGCUAAUCCAGAAUAGUGCAUUAUUUAAAGUCAGUCCCUGUAGCUGUUUUCAACUGUUUCCAUUUGUGUUAGUAACAUGAAUGAUCGUGGUGUGUGUGUGUGUGUGUGUGGUAUGCUUCUGAAUGAGCCUAAAACACUGGAUCUAUAUUUGUCUUUUCAUUUUAUUUUCUGGUUCAUAAACCAAUGGGAAUGGCCAAGAGGUAUCUAUCCCUGAUGUAAAAGACAAUGUGAUAUUCGGUGGGGACAUUUCAAACAAUCUGACAAAAUGUGACUGUCUACUGAGUGGUAUGCCUCAUUUUCCCUGGACACAAACUACUUUCUUGUGUAUCCUUUGUUCAUUUCUAUAUCUUGUCAAGAAGGACACAAGAGACUUGAGUAGAGGAUGUAGUUUGCUAUUAUUGUGUUUGUUUUUUGUUUAAUUUCUGAUGAAAAAACUCUGCAUUGUUGGAAAAGGACCCGUAAGUAAGCAUUUCACUGUUAGUCUCCACGUUUUUGAUUCCGAAGCAUGUGACAUUUUUUGUUGUUGUUGAUUCCAGGCUUUGUUUAAUGCUAGUGGUAGAUCAUUGGUAAAGAAUAGAGAACAGUAAAGGACCAAGACAGCUGCCUUGCAGAAUACCACUUUUCCAUUAAAGAAGACCCUCUGUGUUAUAUUGGAUAGAUACAGUGCAUUCGGAAACUAUUCAGACCCUUUUACUUUUUCCACAUUUUGUUAGGUUACAGCCUUAUUCUGAAAUGGAUUACAUUGUUUUUUCCCCCACAUCAAUCUACACACAAUACCCCAUAAUGACGAAGCAAAAACAGGUUUUUAGAAAAACCUAUUCAGACCCUUUACUCAGUACUUUGUUGAAGCGCCUUUGGCAACAAUUACAGCCUUGUGUCUCUGCAGAUCCUCUGAAACUCUGUCAGAUUGGAUGGGGAGUGUCGCUGCAGAGCUAUUUUCAGGUCUCUCCAGACAUGUUCGAUCGAGUUCAAGCACGGGCUUUUGCUGGACCACUCAAGGACAUUCAGAGACUUUUCCCGAUGUUGUCUUGGCUGUGUGCUUAGUGUUGUUGUCCUGUUGGAAGGUGGACCUUUGCCCCAGUCUGAAGUCCUGAGCCAUCUGGAGCAGAUUUUCAUCAAGGAUCUCUCCAAACUUUGCUCCGUUCAUCUUUCCCUCGAUCCUGACUAGUCUCCCAGUACCUGCCGCUGAAAAACAUCCCCGCAUCGUGAUGCUGCCACCACCAUGCUUCACCGUCGGGAUGGUGCCAGGUUUCCUUCAGACGUGAAGGUUGGCAUUCAGGUCAAAGAGUUCAAUCUUUGACGUGAAGGUUGGCAUUCAGGUCAAAGAGUUCAAUCUUGGUUUCAUCAGACUAGAGAAUCUUGUUUCUCAUGGUGAGAAUCAUUUAGGUACCUUUUGGCAAACUCCAAGCGGACUGCCAUGUACCUUUUACUAAGGAGUGGCUUCCAUCUGGCCACUCUACCAUAAAGGCCUGAUUGGUGGAUUGCUACAGAGAUGGUUGUCCUUCUGGAAGGUUCUCCCAUCUCCACAGAGGAACUCUAGAGCUCUGUCAGAGUGACCAUCGGGUUCUUUAUCACGUCCCUGACCAAGGCCCUUCUCCCCGAUUGCUCAGUUUGGCCAGGCGGACAGCUCUAGGAAGAGUCUUGGUGGUUCCAAACUUCAUCCAUUUAAGAAUGAGUGAGGCCACUGUGUUCUUGGGAACCUUCAGUGCUGCAGAAAUGUUUUUAUACCCUUCCCCAGAUCUGUGCCUCGACACAAUCCUGUCCUGGAGCUCUACGGACAAUUCCUUCGACCUCAUGGCUUGGUUUUUGCUCUGACAUGUACUGUCAACUGUGGGACCUUUUAUAUAGACAGGUGUGUGCCUUUCCAAAUCGUGUCCAAUCAAUUGAAUUUACCACAGGUGGACUCCAAGUUGAAGAAACAUCUCAAAGAUGAUCAAUGGAAACAAAAUGCACCUGAGCUCAAUUUUGAGUCUCAUAGCAAAGGGUCUGAAUACUUAUGUAAAUAAGGUAUUUCUGUUUUUUAUUUUGAAUACAUUUGCAAAAUAUUCUUUAAACCUGUUUUUACUUUGUCAUUAUGGGGGUAUUAUGUGUAGAUUGAUGAGGAUUGUUUUUUUGAAAAAGGCUGUAAGGUAACAAAAUGGGGGAAAAGUCAAGGGGUCUGAAUACUUUCCGAAUGCACUGUAGCUGUCAACCCAUAGUAGAGUAGAGGAUGUAGGCUUGUUUAUCAGGAUUUAUUUUGUUUGUUUUUAUUUACCUUGAAAAACAGCCCCAUUCCAUCUGCAUUUCCAUUGUUCCCUUUAUCAGAGAAAAAGUUUGGUCAUAACAUUUCCAUUCCUUUCCUUUUGUGAUUUGAAAUUAAUUUAUUAUUUCCACUCAGACCAAAGUAACUCAUAAUUGCAUUGUUUAUGUAUAUUUUGGACUUAUUUUUAACAGGAAUUUGUUUUUAAGCACUUUAUUUACAUUUGAAUUGUAUUGUUCAUGGUUCCUCGGACACACAAACACAAGGAAUGCCUUGAAUGCAAACGUCUGUUGGCAAAAAGUGUUUUGAAUUUGCAACAAACAUUUUGGAAAAAAGUGUUUUUGGUCACUCCUAGUUUGUUGCACUGACUGAAUAAAGACAAUUGGAAAGA